AAACCAUUCGAUCAUAUAUAUAGAUAUAUCUCUUUUUGUUUGUUGAUCCACAACUUGUUUAAAUUUAAUUCACAGGUAAGAUCAGCGCGCUAAGGCCGGCCGGUGGAUUAAUUUCAAGGACAUUUCUCUUCUCCUAAGUAUUAAUAUCAGAAAGGAAUUAAAAAGAAGUAGACAAUAGAUACAUACCUUGCUAUAUAUGCAAUUGAUCAUAUGGACAAUUAUUAUCAUCAGAAUCCUCAAGAUCUGGAUUAUGAGGCAUCGGCAAGUUCAAGACCAAUAGACUUGAAGCUGAUGUUUUCAAGUGAAAUCGCUUCUCCGGUGUUUACCAAAGAUACGAUAGCAGGAGGUGAUGGCGGAAAUGAGUCCAUCAAAGUUUAUUUGGUUGAUAGUAACACGUUGGAAAAAGUCACCACCGGGUCAAUAGCCUCAACAAAGGUGAAGAUUGUACUUCUACAUGGAGAUGGUCUCAUCACGACUUCUCUAGAGUUCAAAGAGAACAUCGUGGUCGACCAUGGAAAGAAGAAAAAUCUUCUUCUAGGUAAUUGCUACGUCGAUCUAGAAAAUGGGUGUGGUACGGUGGGUAGAAUUAGAAUCAAGCAUGAUAGAAAUCCUAUUAGCAAUGUUACGUUUAGACUAGGAGCAAUGGUUGUAGAUAGUCGGUAUGCGGUCAAAGAGGCUAUAACAAAGCCCUUUCAGGUCAAGGAUCGCCGCAAUUUACCCAAGUGCUCGGGACCAAGGUCACUAGAAGAUAGCGUGGGGGAGUUGAUUAAUAUCUCAAAGAAGGGAAAGAUACGUGAUCGUCUUGAGAGUGAAAACAUUUUUACUGUGAGGAAUUUCAUUGAUAUGUACUUUUCAGAUGCUACAAAACUCCAAAAGAUUUGUCGCAUCAAAGGCAAAAAGUGGGACAUGACUAUAAAGCAUGCGAAAACAAGCCUCUUCGAAAAUGUGUGCAAUGCUUGCGAACAAGUUGGAUCCACCUCUCAAGAGUGGGAAAACUUACCAUCCUUUGACUACGAUGAUAGCGUCCUGUUUGAUGACAAUUGUUAUAAGCCGCGGCUUUGUGAAGAUGAUGAGUUUGUUAUGGAUUCUGAUUUUUCAACCAAAGAUGUCGAAAUGGGUGACAUAUAUCUUUAUGGGCGCGAUAAAGAAAAGGGAGUUAAUAUUGGUGAAUUGGUUUUCGUUCACAAUGCUGGGAUAGGGAAAGGAUUUCAGGCUAAGAAAUCAAGGUGGGUGAAACUACGCACAAUUUGGUUAUUAAUUAGGUCUUUCAUGAAGUCGUGUACUGAUUAAUUAGUGUUAUUAAUUAAGCUGGUUCAAUUCGAUUAUAUGGGUCCAGAGCCCCCAAUAUAUAUAAUUAUAAAAAAAAAUAAAACGAAUAAAAAACCUCUCUGUUGAUAUAAAUUAUACAUAUUUAACUUAAAUGGAAUAUGUCUACUCAUAGAACUCAUGGAGAAUUCUUGUAAAUAAAAUAAUUGUAAUGUAAUGUUUGAAGUUCAAGUGCUGUAUUUUAUUUGACA